AUGUCUUCCAAAAAAUGCGAUUCUUUCAAAGAUGUAAACAAAGUGCGCUAUGAUUGGAAAGUCACAGCUAGGGUGAUGAAUUUAUGGAGAGGAGUGUCUACGAAAGGAGAACCGUUUACUAGCUUCAAUCUAUUACUUCUUGAUAAUAAGCGUUGUCGUGUUCAUGCUUUUGUUCCUGGGAGCGUGGCUGCUAGCUUAGAGCCAAUAUUACAAAUAGGAAAAAUAUACCUCUUCAACAACUUCACCGCCAAGGAUUACAAGGCUGAUGAAAAAUUCAGGCCAGUACACAAAACUUGGCAAAUUGUUCUAGGACAAGAGACAAAAAUCACCUGUUUAGAUGAGAACGAGGUAGCCAUUGACAAAGCUGCAUUCGAUUUUUACGAUCUGGCAGAUCUUAAAGACUUGGCAAAUCAAUCAACCUAUUUAACUGAUGUCAUUGGAGUUGUGCAUGAACGUGAAAUACAACUAGGAGACAUUAAAAAUCGAUUUGGUGUCCAGCAACGCCAAAUAAAAAUAACUAUCACAGAUGGAAGGAGAAUGGUGAAGGUCACUUUCUGGGACGAUUUUGCUCAAUUAUUUGCUGAUGCGGUGAAGAAGAAUACUUUUGAGUACCCUCUAAUUCUCAUUGUGUGUUGUGGAAGAGCACAAGAGUGGCAGAAACAAAUAAACAUCACAAAUGUAACUGCAACUACCUUCUACAUAAACUGCAAUCACAGCAGUGUCGCCCACAUGAGGAAAAUGCUAAAACAACCUGAGUUCGAGGAAUACAACAAAUCAGUCCCAAAAUGGAAACCCAUCCAGAUGCUAAGCAUAAACCAAAUCAAAAAUGUCAAAGCGGAUGACUCUGAGACUGAGGUUCUAUGCAAGGUGAUUAUUGACAAAGUCAUGCAGGAUACAUGGUACAAAGAUAUAUGUACAUCAUGCUAUAGCAAACUUCAGGUUGUAGGCUAUGAAAUGAAGUGUCUGACCUGUCCUAGAACUGUUCCUUAUGCAGACAAGUGGUUUGAAAUUUGCUGCAUGGCUUCCGAUGCAACUGGUAGCAUACCAAUUAUGUUGGACAACUUCUCAGCUAUGAAAUGUUUUGGAAAAAGAGCUUACGAUGUCUACAAUAAGGGAAAUGAAGCCUUUCCAGAAAUUAUUAAAUCACUCGAGAAAAAUCUUUACACUGUGAAGAUCCUGAUUACCAUCCACAACAUUACUGGUAGGAACAAGGUUUACACUGUUAAGGAUAUGGUUCCUGGACACAUCGUAAAAACAGAAGCAUCGGAGAGUGAAGACACUACACCUAAACCAGUACAAGAAUCUUUUGCUGAGGUGAAAAUCUAA